AUGUCGACACACGAACUCCCAGUAAAAACUAAACGGACUUCUUGGAUCCGCAAACGACCUUCAUCAAGCGCUGGCCAUGCUACAUCAGCUCCGGAUUCCCAACUUGUUGUUCACCCUCUGGGGGGAGCAGAGGGUGAACAGAGCAACGAUUACGUUCAGGGUGCACCACUAAGUCGUGCUGCCACCGCCGAUUCCGCCACCACGAAAAGAUGGUCUAAUGCUUUAUUGAACGGUACAAAGGUCUUCUCAUCGUCGUCUACUCAGUCCAGCGAUACCCCCAACCACAAUGAACUCGGGCGCACCAAAUCUAGCCAAACCCAAGCUUCAACAGCACCGGAAAUGAGAGUCCCAGACAUAGCGAAAUCUGCAUCGGGCUCCUUCGCCCGAAUGUCUCUGAGCUCGGUCAUGGGAGGUCUUUCAUCUAUUUCCCUCUCUAGAACCAGUACCAACACAAGUAUCGACGACAGGGAGAAGGAGAAAGAGAGGGACAAGGACAAGGACAAGGACAAGGAGAGGGGAAGACCUAUUUCACCAAUUCAAUCCGGACGCUCUCACUCACAAGCUCCUCCACAUUCCGACCCUCCAUCCAGAAGUCAAUCUCGAGCACGUUCACAGUCACCCUUCUCCUUACGCCGUUUUCGUAAUCGUGAUCCGUCUCCCGCCCCAUCUGCUAUCCCACUAGCUCAGUCAGACGUCGAGUCCGAUGCUUCUUCAGUCCAUGCGUCGAUACAUCCUCGUAAUGCCUUCACCGAUCACGACUCCGACGACGAAACCAUCUAUGAUGGUGAAACGGAGGAUGAAGACUGGAGCGCAGAUGAAGACAUCGACGGUUUUGAUCAGGAAACUGAGCGGAACACUGAGGCUAAUGCGUUUACGGAUCCCACUUCUGCUGAUGGUGUCGAACCCGAGUUAGACAUUGACCCUCUCGGCGAAGGCGUCAAUGUUGUCCUACCACCCGAACCUUACUUUCCAACCACGCUCAACGCGAGUACCGCUCCACGUGGAAGACGCAUUAAACGCAAAAAGUCUGUUCGACAUCAUGAACCACUGCCCCUGAAGACGAGCCGUCCUCAUUUCCAACGCGAUCGGUGUACGAUUACCUUGACGCAAGGUGAUCCGGAGGGGAAGUUGGAAGGGAGGAAAAAGAAGAUGUACGUUGUUGGGAGUGAUUUAAGUGAAGAGUCGAGGUAUGCGGUCGAAUGGGGAAUCGGAACGGUGCUUAGAGAUGGGGAUGAGAUGUUGAUUGUUACUGUUGUUGAGAACGACGCGCGGGUCGAUCCAGCGACACCAAACACCGCUGAUCGAACGGGCAAGUUAAGAAGCCAACAAGAGCGCCAAGGACUCGCGUACAUCCUGGUCAGACAAGCGACCAGCUUGCUUCAGCGAACCACGUUGAAUGUCACCAUCGCAUGUCAAGCAUGGCAUGCUAAGAAUGCAAGGCAUAUGUUGUUAGACAUUGUUGAUUAUAAUGAGCCUGUUAUGCUGAUAGUCGGGUCGCGUGGGUUGGGUCAGUUGAAGAACAUUUUAUUGGGAUCUACGUCUCACUAUCUCAUUCAGAAAUGUUCAGUCCCUGUAAUGGUUGCCCGCCGACGUCUUAAACGCCCACCACGCAAAUCCGCUCAUCUCGCGAAACACCGUGCACACGUGUCUCUUGCGGAGGCUGGAAUCGAUCGUGUGGCUGCGAGGGUGGACGAAGAUAUUCGAGCUAUGCGUGAGACUAUUCAAAGAGACGAUGAGACCAGAGAAAGGAAUAAUGUUGCGAUCGCUGAAGGGGGCCCUGCAACUCUCGAUGAGGCGCAGAUGGACGAGGACGAGGGUAGUGUGAGCGAAGAGGAAGGGAGGGAGGGUAUCAAAGUUGCGGGAAAGUAA